AUGGUAGCUAACAAGCUUGAAGUACUCGGCAUUGAUUCACCGCAAGCAUGCAGCAGUAUACCCACCGGAGAUGGCGAGCUUCAAGCUUUCCUGUCCAAGUUGUACGCCGACGCAGAUAGCCUCAUCGAUACCUCCCCCGCCUUUGCAAGUGCAGAGCCGAGCGAUACUUCGCUCAAGUGCAAAGCUGGCUGGAAGAUUGGCAAGCUGUACUAUGCCAACGAUGAGAAUCCGACUCGUACGGCCAAACGACCCGGUCAGCCGCUGAAUUGGCACUUGCGCUCGUCGUGUCACACCGGGCCGAAACAGUCGUACGAUGACCUUCGAUCUGGCUUGUUCGUCCAGCACACGCCCAAUGAGAAGGAAUAUAUAGAGGGACUGCACAACAUUGAGCGGCUACAAGUCUGGCAGGACGACGUCGUAGAGGCUUGGCUCGUGCAGUACGAGAUCCCACCGCCGACGACGAAUCGCGACUUUUGCAUACUACCCGUUCGCCGUGAGAUCACAGGACAAGAGGCCAACAGCGGCCUGUACAGCACAGAUACAACUACAGUAGCACGCCGUUUUCAAGUCAUCUCUAUCCCCGUCACGCACCCCAAGGGCGCACCCGCACAAGGCUACGUCAGAGCACGAUAUGCCUCCGUCGAAGAUGUUCGCGAACUUGUUCCCACUUCGGGCGACGAACCGAAGAAGCAAGUCGUUUGGACGAUGGCGACGAUGAGCGAUCCUGCAGGGCUGAUCCCUUCGUGGAUCAGCGAGAAAGUCUUACCGAGCAAGAUUGUGGAGGACGUGCCGAGUUGCGUCAAAUGGCUCAAGAAUAGGCAGUAG